AUGAACCUCAUUACAUCCCCGCCAGAUGUGUCAGACUUAGAGAGAUUCUGGAAGUUAGAAUCAUUAGGUAUCAGCCAUGAAAAAGACGAGGGAACUACUUCUGACUAUCUUACGACCUAUCAGAUGAACUCAAUUGAAUUCAAGGACGGUCAUUACUCAGCGAAGUUACCAUGGAAACGUGAGCAUCAACCAUUACCCGACAACUACAACAUCACAGUAAGACGAACAGAGAACACAAUCCGGCGACUUCGUCAAGACCCGGAUAUGUUGCAGAAAUACGGCAAGAUAAUUGCAGACCAAGAGAAACGAGGUUUCGUAGAAAGAGUUGUAGUUGACUAUACCCGGAACCAGAUACACUAUAUCCCACAUCACGCCGUGAAGAAAGAUUUAGCUACUACGCCUAUCCGAAUAGUAUUUGAUUGUAGCUGUCGACAGAACAAAGAUUCCCCUAGUCUGAACGACUGUUUAGAAUCUAAUCCCCCAGAACUCAACGACUUGACUGGUAUCCUUGUGAGAUUUUGCCUACAUAGAUUUGCCGUAUGCACCGAUAUUGAAAAAACGUUCCUGCACGUGCAACUAGACGAGAAAGACCGUGGCGUAACGAGAUUCCUGUGGUUGAGCGACAGCAACAAUCCAUAUAGCAGUUUGGUGACUUACAGGUUCAAAUCCGUUCUUUUUGGCGCUACUUGUUCACCAUUCAUUUUGAACGCGACACUUAUGAAACACCUCGAUAGAAAUGAACACGUCUGGGUGAGUGAAACCUUGAGGAAGGACUUGUAUGUGGACAAUGUUAUUUCCAGUUUUCCAGAUGAGGGUACCGUAGCAGACCACGUCCGUGAUACAUGUGAUCUAAUGUCGUCUGCUGGCUUAAAUUUACGUUCCUGGAACUCCUGCAGCAAUCGUCUGCGAGGUCUUGCUGAAGCCGAAGAUGUGCUUGACUCUGACAAGGUCACGAAGAUUCUUGGCAUGCGAUGGGAUCCUAUUACAGACCAGCUAUCCGUGGCACAAAAGAAAAUUCCUACGUUUGAUUCCAUGACAAAACGGUCCAUACUACAGCAAAGCUAUAUGACCCACUUGGUGUCUUCAGUCCAUUAA